ACGCAUCAGACGGGAAAACCAAUCAGUUUGAUCCAGACAGACGCCUGCUAACCACAGAGAGAGUUAUGGAGUUUUAUGUAACUCUGCUGCUGGCAGGGCUGAUCGGUCUGCUUUGGUUCGUCUCUGUUAGAAACAACAAGAAGUACCGUCUGCCCCCAGGGCCCAAUCCGCUGCCGCUCAUCGGAAACCUGCUGCAAAUAAACAAGAAUGCACCUUUUAAAAGCUUCCUGGAGUUCAGUAAAACCUACGGUCCUGUGAUGACCUUUAACCUGGGCUGGCAGCGGGUCGUUGUUCUGGUCGGAUACGACGCGGUGAAGGAAGCUUUGGUGGACCAAGCAGACGACUUCACAGGCAGAGCGCCGCUGGCAUUUUUGUACAAAGUCACCAGAGGAUACGGUAUUGGGAUCAGCAAUGGGAACCGCUGGCGUCAGCUGCGGCGCUUCACUCUGUCGACUCUACGAGACUUUGGGAUGGGAAGGAAAGGGAUGGAGGAGUGGAUCCAGGAGGAGAGCAAACACCUGAGGGCUCACAUCCGCAGUUUCAAAGGCAAACCUUUUGACCCCACAAUCCUUCUGAGCCGCACCGUGUCAAACAUAGUCUGCUGCCUGGUGUUCGGCCAGCGCUUCAGCUACGAAGACAAGCAGUUUCUGAAGCUGCUCAGCGUCAUUUCCAGCGUGGUCAGGUUCAACAGCAGCCCUUUGGGUAUGAUGUACAACAUCUUUCCGUGGGCCAUGGAGCAGCUUCCUGGCCAGCAUCACACCAUCUUCACCAAGAUCGAAGAGAUCCGAGACUUUGUGGAGAUGAAGAUCCAGGAGCACAGACAGACGGUGGAUCCCAGCUCACCGAGAGAUUUCAUCGACUGCUUCCUCAUCCGAGCUCAUCAGGAAAAAGAAAAUCCGUCCACUGAGUUCCUCUAUGACAACUUGUUUGCUACGGUGCUUAAUUUGUUCAUAGCAGGAACAGAAACCACCAGCUCCACCAUCAGAUACGCUCUCAGUGUGCUGAUCAAACACAAGAACAUUCAGGAAAAAAUGCAGGAGGAGAUUGACUCUGUGAUUGGACGGGAGCGAUGCCCCAACAUGGAGGAUCGGAAAUCCCUGCCGUUCUCGGACGCCGUCAUCCAUGAAAUUCAGCGUUUUCUGGACAUCGCCCCCUUCAGUCUCCCUCACUUCGCUCUGGAAGACAUCUCAUUCAGGGGUUACACGAUUCCUGAGGGAACGUCGAUUAUACCGCUGCUGCACUCUGUUCUUAAAGACGAGAAGCAAUGGGCGACUCCAUAUUCCUUCAACCCGCAGCACUUUCUAGACCAGAAUGGCAACUUUAAGAAAAACCCAGCAUUCCUCCCUUUUUCUGCAGGGAAAAGAGCCUGUGUGGGCGAGUCUCUGGCUCGUAUGGAGCUUUUUAUCUUCAUAGUGACUCUCCUGCAGGAGUUCACCUUUACCUGCCCUGAAGGUCCCGACAGCAUUGACCUCAAUCCAGAGUACAGCAGCUUUGCCAACCUGCCUCCUUCUCACAAAAUCAUUGCGACGCCGCGAAAACAAAAACACCCGUCAGAGAGAGGCAGGGUUCAGAGUUUUGGAGGUUUCUGCGUCAUGGAGGUUUCUGCAACAUUUCUCCUGUCGGUGCUGAUCCUGGCUCUCCUCUGGUUCUUUUCUGGUAAAAACACCCAGAAGUACCGUUUGCCUCCUGGACCCAGUCCGCUGCCUCUCAUAGGAAAUCUGCUGCAAAUGAAAAAGACAGCGCCGUUUAAAAGCUUCCUGGAGUUCAGUAAAACCUACGGUCCUGUGAUCACCGUCCACCUGGGCUGGCAGCGGGUCGUUGUUCUGGUCGGAUACGACGCGGUGAAGGAAGCAUUGGUGGACCAAGCAGACGACUUCACAGGCAGAGCGCCGGUGCCGUUUCUGCACAGAGCCACCAGAGGAUACGGAAUUGGCAUCAGUAACGGUGAGCGCUGGCGUCAGCUGCGGCGCUUCACUCUGUCGACUCUACGAGACUUUGGGAUGGGAAGGAAAGGGAUGGAGGAGUGGAUCCAGGAGGAGAGCAAACACCUGAGGGCUCGCAUGCGCACCUAUACAGGUGAAUGUUUUGACCCAACCAUCUUGCUGAGCCGCACCGUGUCCAACGUGGUCUGCUGCCUGGUGUUUGGACGGCGCUUCAGCUACGAAGACAAGCAGUUUGUGAAUCUACUGGCUGUCAUAACUAUGAUCGCCAGGUUCAAUAGCAGCACUAAGGGCGUGAUGUACAACAUCUUCCCGUGGCUCAUGGAGCGACUUCCUGGCAAGCAGCACGCCGUUUUCGCAAAGAUCGAGGAGAUCCGAGACUUUGUCCAGACGAAGAUCCAGGAACACGGAGACACACUGGAUCCCAGCUCUCCCAGAGACUUCAUCGACUGCUUCCUCAUCCGAGGUCAUGAGCAAAAAGAAAACCCCUCCACUGAGUUUCACUACGACAACUUGGUGGCUACCGUGAUGAAUUUGUUCCUGGCGGGAACGGAAACCACCAGCUCCACCAUCAGACACGCUCUGAGUGUGCUGAUCAAACACAGGAACAUUCAGGAAAAAAUGCAGGAGGAGAUCGACUCUGUGAUUGGACGGGAGCGAUGCCCCAACAUGGAGGACCGGAAAUCCCUGCCGUUCUCGGACGCCGUCAUCCAUGAAAUUCAGCGUUUUCUGGACGUCGUCCCCUUCAGCAUCCCUCACUACGCGCUGCAGGACGUCUCGUUCAGGGGUUACACCAUCCCAAAGGACACUGUGAUCGUACCGCUGCUGCACUCUGUGCUCAAAGAGGAGAACCAAUGGGCGACUCCGCAUUCCUUCAACCCGCAGCACUUUCUGGACCAGAGUGGAAACUUUAAGAAAAACCCAGCGUUCCUCCCUUUUUCUGCAGGGAAAAGAGCCUGUGUGGGCGAGUCUCUGGCUCGUAUGGAGCUUUUUAUCUUCAUAGUGACUCUCCUGCAGGACUUCACCUUUACCUGCCCUGAAGGUCCCGACAGCAUUGACCUCAAUCCAGAGUACAGCAGCUUUGCCAACCUGCCUCGUUCUCACAAAAUCAUUGCGACGCCGCGAUGAAAGAGAAAAGCUGCUCUGAGACAAUCUGAAAAUAAUAUUAAUUCAACUUCAAUGAUAAUUUCAUUUUAAAAUAAACAAUGGUCUAUGUCAUGUUUUGUCAAAAGUGAUUUUGACAACAAACAAAAAAACAACAAAAACAACAACACCUAUUUCUUUCCAAAAAAUGUCUUACACAAAAAAUAAAUGAAUAAAUGAAUAAAUAUGUUUUGCCAAGAAAUGACUUGGGUAUGUAUUUUAGGAAGGUGAUGAUGUUGUAAAAACAUGUUAUGAUGACGAUAUAUUUUUUAUACCUAUUGUUCUGUAAAUAUUGAUACUUUUUUGUUACACAAUUGUUGGGAUAAAUAUUAAUAAUAAAGCAUU